AUGGCACCCAAGGUGAUGCUUUUUGUAGGGGCACCUCCACCCUCUAUCGUCAAUGCCUCUUCAUGUACGCUCGACCGGCUGCAGCCGGUAUUCAAGCAAUUUGUCCGUCAUGGAGCCGUCAGGUCUUCCGUUGGUGGAGAGGGGGAUGAGGAUGAGCAUCGUCGCGAUCCGCACCCGCACGCCGUCUGGCUCUCUCUCCCUCUCAUCCACCAGCCCCUGCGCAUGAGCGGCUUCUCCCAACUGCAUCAGCUGAACGAUACCGUUGCCGAUCAGAGUCGCGACUUUUUCACGACGAUCCAUGCUUCGGACCUGGCCAAUGCCGAUGGCGGAGAGGACCUGCUGUCUCAGUUUUACGAGCACUCCCUCGCCCACCACAACCCCGCCGUCCCCUCUUCGCAGCUCGACGGUGACCAGAGUAGCGCUGCGGCCGACACGUCUAUCGCGACCGCUACGUGGUCCUCCUCGGCCGGAAGCUCUGCCGUCGCCGCCGGCACCCCACAACCCAUCCCGUGCCACCUGUCCGACCUGGAGGACGUCCCGCCGGCCCGCCACGUACUGUCCCUGCGGCCGCAGACAGUCACCGUCAACCUGAUUGUCGCCAUCAUCUCCGUUGCCCAGCCGCGCACCGUGACCACGCGCUGGGGCAGCACCCUGUCGCUCGUCGAGAUCGUCGUCGGCGACGAUACCAAGUCGGGCUUCGGAGUCACCUGCUGGCUGUCUAGUGACUCCAUCCUCGAAUCCCAGCUCGCCCGGCUUCACCGCCAGGAUACGGUGCUCCUGCGAAACGUCUCACUCAACGUAUUUCGGGAUAGGGUCUACGGCCAGAGCCUGCGCAGAGGUCUGACCCAGAUCACGCUUCUCUGGUCCGCCGACGGCAGCGGAUACUACUCGACUAGAGAUCUGACCCGCAAGACCAGAGAACCAGGCGCCCAUCCGCAAGUUGUCAAGACGAAGAAGGUCAGGGACUGGGCCCUCGAGUUUGUCGGAUCCGACAGGAAAACCUCUACCAAGAGGGCGCCACGCAAAUCCUGGGACCAACCGCCCGACCACACUCAGUGA